AUGUCAUUAUCAGAAGUUAGCAAAGAGAAAGAAUAUCCAGUAGAAGAUGCUGCCAUCAGAAGUGCGGACUCCUGUGAGUCAGCGACUCCCAAGUCUCACUGGAAGAGCUUCAAGGAUUCCUUCAAAAGGAAAGAAGUGGUAGAGGGAGAAGAACGUCUUCACCAGACUAUGAAUAAACGUCAUUUGAAACUUAUGGCUCUAAGUACUGGUCUUGGAACUGGUCUUUUGGUUGCAGCUUCUGGUAAAUUGCGUAACGCUGGACCGGCUGGAGUACUUAUUGGUUAUUUCAUUGUUGGUACGAUUAUGCUUAUUCCAACCAUCAAUUCUGUGUCCGAGUUAAGUAUUGCCUACUCUAGAAUGCCUGGCGGCUUCCAAGCAUUUUAUUCCAAAUUUAUUGAUGAAAGUGUUGGCUUUGCUUUGGGCUGGAACUAUGCCUUACAGUGGGUAGUGGUUAUAUCUUUAGAGUUAGUCGUCGCUUCCAUGACGGUCAAAUUCUGGACCACAAGCUUGCACCCAGAUGUUAUAGUAGCUAUUGUGAUGGUGAUCAUUUUUCUUAUUAAUUUGGGAGGAGCUAGAGGAUACGCCGAAGCAGAAUCAAUUAUGAAUACGGUGAAGGUUCUAUUCUUAACAGGAUUCGUCAUCUUCGGUUUAAUUAUCGACUUGGGCGGUGGUCCUCAAGGUUUCGUUGGAGGAAGAUACUACCGUGACCCAGGUGCAUUUACCACUUUUAAGGGGUUGGUUACUGUUUUCUGUACUGGUGCAUUUUCUCUUGGUGGCAGUGAAUUUGUAUCUUUAGCAGCCGCAGAAACUAAACACCCUCGUAUUGCCUUGAGGGCUGCAUCCAAGUUUGUCUACUAUAAGGUAUUCGUCCUUUUCUUGGGUUCUUUAUUAUUUGUAGGAUUAUUGGUACCAUAUGACAAUCCAGAUUUGCUAGGCUCAAGCAAGGGAACAAACACUUCACCAUAUGUUCUUGCGGCUCAGCUUCAUGGCGUUAAAGUACUUCCACAUAUCAUCAAUGCCGUUAUUUUGAUUUCGGUGACUUCAGUUGCAACAGCUGCUAUGUACAGUAGUCCACGUUUCAUCCAAGCCCUCGCUCAAGAAGGUCUUGCUCCAAAGUGGUUUGAUUACAUUGACCGUCAAGGAAGACCAUUAAGAGCUUGGUUGUGUACCGUGGUGUGUACCUUCUUCUCAUUCAUUGCUGCCUAUGAAAAACAAGAUAUUGUUUUCAACUGGAUGUUAUCCAUUUCGGCUCUUUGCUUUGUCUUUGCCUGGUUAUUUAUUUGCAUUUGUCACCUCAGAUUCAGAGCGUGCUUGAAGGCUAGAGGUAUACCUCUUAGUGAUUUGGCAUAUGCUUCCCAAACUGGUGUGAUUGGGUCUUGGACAUCGAUUAUCAUCAACUGCUUGAUUUUGAUUGGUCAGUUUUGGAUUGCUUUGUUCCCAAUAGGUUCAAAUAAACCUGAUGCUAAUAAUUUUUUCCAAAACUAUUUGGGGGCUGUAUUCAUUCUUGUAUUCUACUUUGGUCACAAACUUUGGACUAAGAACUGGAAAUUUUAUAAGUCGGUGGAUGAAAUCGACUUUGAUACAGGCAGAAUCAAGUACGACUCGGAAAUAUUACAAUUGGAAAUUCUAGAGGACAAGGAGCGCUACAAAAGAGCAAGCAUACUCAAAAAGAUCUAUAUCACUCUCUUCGAUUAG